AGCAGGGCGUGUACAUAGGAGGAGUCACACUGGCGUAGGCUAGCCUUGCUUACUCACAAGUCAGUCCCGUCACUCCCUGUCGCGCGCGAGAGACCAGAUCGCCAUGGACAUGGCACGCUACGUUGCGUUCCACCAGCAGUGGAUCGCGGGCCAGCAGGCGGGCCUCGGUGAGCUCGCGGAGGCGGCAGCCAAUGCCGCCGCCGGGCGCGCCACGGACGCGGAGCUGAAGACCGUGGUGGAGAGGUGCAUGCGCGGGUACCAGGAGUACGCCGCCAGCCGGCGUGCCAUGGCGCGCGAGAACGGCGCGGCCUUCGUCGCCCCGCCGUGGUGCACGGCGUUUGAGAACUCCGUGCUCUGGCUCGGGGGCUGCCGGCCGUCGCUGGCCAUCCGGCUUCUCUACUCCAUCUCCGGCGAAGGCUUGGAGGAGGACAUCGAGGAGUUCGUCAGCGGCCGCGGCCGCGGCCUCGCAGAGGAGAUGGGCCUCAUCGGGAUCACGGCCACGCAGCUGCAGCAGAUCAACGACCUCCACCGCUGCACGCUGCGCGACGAGGGUUACCUGACGGAGCGCCUCGCGAGUCUGCAGGAGAACAUCGCCGACCGGCCGCUGCUUCCGAUCGUCCGGGAGCACGCCGUGGCGGCGACAGCAUUAGUCGGCCAGGACCGGAGCGUUAAGCGCGACGACAUUCCCGGACGGCUUGCGGCAGCAGAAUCGUCAGGAGGACUCGCCGCCGAGGUGGACGCAGCGAUGGAGAGCUACUCGGCCGGGCUGGCCAGGCUCCUGGAGGAGGCGGACGAGCUGCGCAUGUCGACGGCCAGGGCGCUGGCCACGGAGAUCCUGACGCCGCGGCAGGCGGUGGAGAUGCUGAUGGCGGCCAAGCAGCUGCACCUGGCGGUGCGCGACUGGAGCCGCCGGAAGGAGGAGGGCGCCCAGAACGCGCGUCUGCCGCGCGCAGCCGCAGCGACGACCGCCCCCUCCGGCUCAAACCCAUGACAGGCUCGCCAUUCCUCAACUAGCUUGCUUUGCCGCUCCAACUUAAGUGUACACAGUCUGAAUAAUCAGUCUAUUCUGGCUUCCUAGAUAUUAUUAGUAUCGUUGUUUCUCUGCCAUUAUAUAACCUGCCUGCACAAACUGCAUGCUUGUGUUCUAAGUUGAAGUUGCUCCUACUCCUGUCCAAUAUAUACAUAUAUCCGUAACUAGU